CUCGAGAUGUCGAGCGCCGAAAUUGACCGAAUGGUCCUGGCUCAUUGGGCAACUCAGGCUCGCAAAUUCAACAUGAUCCUCUCCCAGGGCAUCUGUAAGGUCCUCGCUAUCUCCUGCCAGCUCACGGAUGUGCUCAAUCGUGCCUAUGGGCAACGCACAAUCGACAUGUCCAAGGAGACAAGAUCGGUGGCGCUGUAUCAGCACAUCAUCUUCCUUGCCAAAGAGGGAUUGGCUCAUACUGAGAUCUACAUCCUGCCAUUCUGCGGCCGAGAUGCCCAUGCCGAGCUUCAGAUCAUGGCUGUGAAGAUGCAGGCAACCUUCCACUACAUCUUUUGCAUGUAUCACAACACACCUACCGUCCGUCAACUCCAAGCUCGUCAGAGAAGCGUGGGAGACCCCAACAGCCUUGGAGCCAAGUACAUGGCCGCCAGAGAGGACUGGCUGAAGGCUCAUGCUGUUCAGUCUCCAGUUUCAACCGCCGUCCCUCCCACUCUUGCUCUCUUCCCUCGCACGACUCCAGCACGCCCUCCUGGUCUAGGCAUGGACAGGAUCAUUGACUACGACCCACCUGUGUGUGCAAGCGCUUUCCUCAUGCCGAUCAUGGACUACACUCCUGACACCAAGCUAUAUUUCGAGAGUGCAUCCAGACGUGCAAAGAGACUCAUGCCUCCCUCGCACGUCAUCAGCCUUUCAGUGGCACAUGCGCAUUCCGAGUUCCUCUACGAAUGUCUCGGAGACUAUUAUGGCGCCAUGGACGUGAUCAAGGACGCCAUCCGUGCAGCUAUCGAGGAUGAUCCCGGAGUC